CCUCCCAAAGCCCAGCUGCCACCCUUUCUCUCCACAGGCCUGCAGGUCCCACCUGGCCACAGCACACACAUCUCACAGGGGGCCAGAGUCAGGGGGCUGGCGAGGGUCCAGGGCAGCAGGAGGCUCCACUCCUGCCCACAGUGGCAGCCACAGGAUGACUCAGCCUCCAGGAGGCUCUGCUGCUGCUGCUCCUGGGCCUGGGGCUACUUCCGGGAGCCCGCGGCAUGCCCUUGGCACUGCUUGCCCUGGCUUUCUGCCUCCAUCCUUGGGCCUGAAUGCCCUCCGGAAAUACACUGACCGUGCUGUUUCCUCAGGCCUCCUUUCCUCCACCCUGGUCUGGGAAGGUGGGAGGAUACUCCUUUAUCCCCCAGCCUGCACCUACAUUGGGGGACCUCUGAGGUCUCCCCACAAUGUGGACAGUAGAUACCUAGGUCUGAGUCCGAGGGCAUCAGUAAAAAGUGAGAUAAGGGACAGGGAGCCCAGUGCAGGGAAUGGAGCCAUCUCAGAACCUCUAGGUUAGGGGUCACUAUUCUGGCCUCCACUGUGGUUCUGGAGAAUGAGGGUCCAGAGAGAAAGAACUGCAAGAGAGUGGAGUGGACUGGAUAUCGGCCAGCAGGGAAAGGAGGAUCCAGAGAGGUCUUUCCACAAGAAAACAUGAGAAACUACAUCUGUGGGCUCACCAGGUUCCCUGCCAGCCUGGAGGGUCCAUGAAAGAGGCUCAGGUGCACCAGAGGUGAUGCAGCAGCCGCGAGCGGAGACGCAUGCCAUCAGGGCUGGUGAGGGGCCACAGCGUGCGGUGCCCUGGUCGGCCUGGGUCACGCGGGAGGGCUGGGUGCGCUGGUGCGUGUGCCAUGUGCCCCCAAGCUGGACACAGUGGUGGACCACAUCAGGCUGGCGGCAACCGCUGCAGCGUGUGCUGUGGGGUCUGGAGGGGAUCCUCUACCUGCUGCUGGUGCUGAUGCUGUGCCACGUGCUCUUCACCACCGGCUCCCACCUGCUGAGCUCCUUGUGGCCCGUGGCAGCUGCAGCGUGGCUCCAUCUGCUGCCGGCUGUCCUGCUGCUGGUGCUCAGUGCCCUCCCCGCCCUGCUUUUCACCGCCUCCUUCCUGCUGCUUUUCCCCACACUGCUGAGCCUCGUGGGCCUCCUCACCUCCAUGUCUCACCCAAGCCAUGCUCAGGACUUGGACCAAUAGAAGGGCAACCCCA